AUUUUAUUUCUUUUGUUUACACUAUGGAGGGCUUAAAAAAGGAGAUUUAUCGGCAAUGGGCAAAUUUGAAAUUUCUGUCCCCACUUUUAAGCAGCUUCCUCGGUUUGACAGCAGAGGCACUGCGAUCGACUGGGAUACUACAUUUUCAUUCAGUACAACAAUGAGUCGUGGUAGAAAUUGCUUUGUACCUGGCUGUACAAGUGGGAAUCCCAAUAAAAACAAGGCAAAUAAAGAACGGGGUGAAAGAAACCCAAGCCUUUUCAAAGCUCCUAAUGAUCCUAGCUUGCUACAGCAGUGGCAAAAGGCGAUACCCAGAUCAGACAAGACACUUAGCAGCAAAGAUGCUGUUUGUGAACUAUAUUAGUUAAUAGAAACAAAAGUUGUAAUGUAUUAAUAUUGCUAAAUAAAUAUUUAUAUGAUGAAAUAAGUCAGCGUAUAUACAUAUUCACAACUCUGUAUUUUUGUGCUUUUGAAAUAAACUGAGUACAUUAUUUAUUCAUUAAUAUUUUAUUUACAAACCUACCUUAUAUUAAUAAAGUGAAUAUCAAUAGAAAAACCUUUACAAUUAUUAGGUGACAUUGAAUAUAAUAUAUCUUGAAUUUAAUUGUCUACGAAACAGUGACAAUUUGCAAAACUUUGCUAAUGACAUUAAAACUUACAAUUCAACGCUAGAAAAAACGCUAUUGAACACAGGAAACGUUUCAGCUCAAUAUACCUACUCUCUAGUUUCAGCUAUAAAAAGUUAUGGAAUAGAUAACACCGAUCAAAGGGUGCAAUGGUAACGUUCGUCUUCAGUUUCCAUUUAUGAUUAAGUUAUUCCUGAUAAAAUACUCUUAAUUUUCGUUAUUCAAUCUGUCAAUCGCCAUAAAACCACUACUAGUUCGAAAGAUUUUAAUGUUUAUUAAAAUGGUAUCACACUAAACUGCAUGUAAACAUGUCAAUUUCAAAUGUUUUAAUGAAAAACUAUGAACCUUUAAACUGCAUCAACAAAACUAUUAAUAAAACACUAACACAAUCACACCAUAAACUAUUUCAUUCGCAUUUCUCAUCAAGAAACAAUUACUGUUUACAUCAAAUCAAAGGUUGAACUGGUGAUAAAUUUGUUGCUGGAACUUCUAUCUUUUUUGUACAACAGUUCUAGGGAAGAUUUAUUUUAGCAGCUUAUAUGUUUCUUCGGUCGUGUAUGCACUAAAAAGAACCACAUAAUAAAACAUUUUUAUAAUAUCAACUUAGGAAAAGGAUAUAUUAAACCGGCAUCUAAUAUAACCUAACUAACUUUUCAAACUCAAAUUUAAGGUUUUGUAUUCACAAUUUUAGCCACGCACAUUGCUCAAUUAGAAAAA